UGGGAGGAAGCGGCCUGGGAGCCGCGGGGAGUGGACGCAGCCGAGGCCCGGGAGCCGCGCCCGAAGGUCUGGAAGGGUGCAGCCCAGGACGGCCCUUAGCUCGCGGGAGGAUGGUGCGGAUCUUGGCCAAUGGGGAAAUCGUGCAGGACGACGACCCUCGCGUCAGGAACACUGCCCCUUCACGCAGCAGCACCCCCCGACAGAGCUUUCUCAAUAGGGGCCAUGGUGCCCCCCUGGGGGGUUCCGGUCCUCGCCAGCAGCAGGCAGGUGCCAGGCUGGGUGCUGCUCAGUCCCCCUUCAAUGACCUCAACCGGCAGCUGGUGAACAUGGGCUUCCCCCAGUGGCAUCUGGGCAACCAUGCGGUGGAGCCGGUGACCUCCAUCCUGCUCCUCUUCCUGCUCAUGAUGCUGGGUGUGCGGGGCCUCCUGCUGGUGGGCCUCGUCUACCUGGUGUCCCACCUUAGUCAGCGGUGACCUCCGGCAGCCAGUGGGGCAGGCAUGCAGGAGAGGGAGU